CUGUCAGGCGGCGGGGGCUGCAGUGCACCUCAGGGCCGGCGCGGCGCCUGGGUGCCCGCAGCCCCUCUGCGCGUCUUCGGGCGGGCAUGGGCGGGGGUGCAGGCGGCUGCACGAUGAGCGCCGUGAGCAGCCCGGUCCGCGCCUACGACUUCCUGCUGAAAUUCCUUCUGGUGGGCGACAGCGACGUGGGCAAGGGCGAGAUCCUGGCUAGUCUGCAGGACGGCGCGGCCGAGUCCCCGUACGGCCACCCGGCGGGUAUCGACUAUAAAACCACCACCAUCCUGCUGGAUGGCCGGCGAGUGAAGCUACAGCUCUGGGAUACAUCAGGGCAGGGGCGAUUCUGCACCAUUUUCCGCUCCUAUUCUCGGGGUGCACAGGGUGUGAUCCUGGUGUAUGAUAUAGCCAACCGCUGGUCCUUUGAUGGCAUCAACCGGUGGAUCAAGGAGAUUGAUGAGCAUGCACCAGGUGUCCCGAAAAUCCUCGUGGGCAACCGCCUGCACCUGGCCUUCAAGCGCCAGGUGCCCACAGAGCAGGCCCAGGCCUAUGCUGAGCGCCUGGGUGUCACCUUCUUCGAGGUCAGCCCCCUGUGUAACUUCAACAUCACAGAGUCCUUCAUGGAGCUGGCCAGGAUCGUGCUGCUGCGGCACGGGAUGGAUCGGCUAUGGAGGCCAAGCAAGGUCCUGAGCCUGCAGGACCUGUGCUGCCGUGCAGUGGUGUCCUGCACGCCAGUACACCUGGUGGACAAGCUGCCACUUCCCAUGGCCCUGCGCAGCCAUCUCAAAUCCUUCUCCAUGGCCAACGGCUUGAAUACCAGGAUGAUGCACGGCCGCUCCUACUCUCUGGCUUCGGGCUCUACCCAUAAGAGGAGCAGCCUCCGCAAAGCCAGGGUCCGGGCACCCCAGAGCCCCCCCAGGCACUGUGCCCGGGGCAGCUGCAAGGUCUCCUAGGGAGGCCCAGUUUCCCUGGGAAAAACUGUCCUGUCUGAAGGGCCAUGUUAUCUCUCAAACAAAACCCUCCACCUGCCUGACUUGGGGGUUCCUCCAUGGAUGUGCAUGAAGCUCUCUUUUGCAACAUUUAUUUAUAACGGGAGGACCUCUACACCACUCUUGAUAACAUGAAGUUCUGAAUGUUAUGUAUCUCCUGGUUGUUGUACAGCACUUCCCUUCAAAUGCCUGAUUUUAUAAGAAUGGUGACGUGCAUGUGAUGACUGCAGAGGCAAAGGACUCUGGGAGCAACGGCAGAAGAGCAAUAGGAGUCACCGAACCCUAAGCAAGGCCUUUUUUCUUUCUUUCUUUUUUUUCUGGUAAACCUUUUUAUUGUCAAAGCACUACUUUCUAUAAUAAGAUGCUGCUGUAGGUGCAUUUGAGGGGGGAGGGUGCACACAGCUCUGUCCAGCUUGUGGGAAGCAAAUUUGAUAACGUUUUUUGCUAUGUAAUUUAGUACAUUUUGGGGAUCCCUAUGUGAUUUAUAUGCCUAUUUUUCUGUAAAUCUACAUUUUUUCUUUUCUUUUUUGUACAGGAUGAUCCACAAGUUAUGAAACAAAGGGGGAAAACAAUGCCAAAGAUAUCUCUAGUUAUGCUGAACACAGACAUUGGUGUAAUGGGCCCAGAGCUGCCAGAAAUAGCAUACUGGGCGCUGGAUUAGCGAGGGAUGGAAUCAACUCUGUUACUUAGGGAGAUGCUUCUGAACAAUAAAGCAGAUGUGUGUUUCUGGGUA